AUGGUCGACUUAGUCAAAUGGUGUCUGUUUGUUUCGUAUUAUUACGGACGUUUCACUGGCGUGUUAAACUUUGAAAUCGAUUUCAAAACGGGUAGAACGCGAGUCACCAGAAAUGCUACAAUAUGCUCAGCCUUUUCCCACCUAUUAAUGUUCAUAAUUCUGGGAAUUCAGAUGGCAAAUGCCCGUGUAAUGGGCAAGCUGUGGGCAACGACAAACUCUCUUCACAAAAAUAUGUUUAUGAUUAUGUCGUGCGUUCGUGUGAUUUGUGUUCUGCUGUCCCUAGUUAGUCGUUGGUCUCAACGUGGCACGUUUAUGAAGCUCUUCUACUCGAUCCACUGCCUUUACCAGCUGAAUCCUGAGAUAAUAAACUAUUGCCGUAGGAGCAUUGUGAGCAAAUGCAUCUGCGCCACAAUGUCCGAAACUCUGCAGAUUAUCAUGGUUCUAGUUCUAACAUCAAACCAACUAACUAUUUCCCUGGCAUUUAGCAUUUGGUCCAUAUUGAGCUUGACAUCAAUAAUUAAUGUGAUCAUAACACAGUACUUUACAGCCAUGGCAAUUAUAAGAGCUCGCUACAGACUUUUGAAUUCGGAGCUCCGGACGAUUCUAGCUAAGACUCAAGCACUAAUUCCGAACAAAAGUGGUGUCUUUGUGACCAAAUGUUGCUAUUUGGCUGACGAGUUGGAAGAACUGGCUCGAACCCAAUCCAGUUUGCAAAACCUCAUUGAAUGUUUAUCGAGGUCUUAUCGAGUUCAAGUCAUAUGCUUGAUGGUCACCUACUAUCUAAACUUGGUGACGAAUUCUUACUUACUGUUUAGUAUCAACAAAUACAGAUCGUUAACAGAGCAUUGGCCAAACAUUGUCAAAGCUUGCGGCCUUGCUUACUUAGUAUUUUACUACCUUGAUUGCUGGCUUAACUCGCAUAAUGUUUUCUACCUCAUGGACACCCACGAUGACAUAGUUAAAUUGCUGAAUCAACGGACUCUCUUUCAGCCAGGCUUGGACCAAAGAUUAGAAACAGUUUUCGAGACUUUUAUUCUGAACCUGGCUCAUAACCCGUUUAAGCUAAGUUUCUUUGGCUUAUUUGAAAUCGACCGUGCAUCAUCGUUCGCUGUGGGCAACUCACUUCUAACACACUCAAUUCUUCUGAUUCAAUAUGAUGUGGAACAUUUUUAA